AUGUCCGACACCAAGAAAAGGAUGAAUCUCCAUAGGUCCACCAAUGUGGUCUACCAAGCUCACCACGUUAGCAGGAGUAAGAGAGGGCAAGUCGUGGGCUCAAGAGGUGGCUUUCGAGGCUGUACAGUGUGGCUCACAGGUCUUUCUGGUGCUGGCAAGACAACCAUUGGGUUUGCACUUGAAGAGUACCUUGUGUCUCAUGGCAUCCCUUGUUACUCCCUUGAUGGGGAUAACAUUCGUCACGGACUCAACAAAAACCUUGGCUUCUCUGCUGAUGACCGAGAAGAAAAUAUCCGCCGCGUUGCUGAAGUUGCCAGGCUGUUUGCCGAUGCCGGACUUGUUUGUAUAACAAGUUUCAUUUCGCCAUUCUCAAAGGACCGCCAGAAUGCAAGAAACAUUCAUGAGGCAGCUGGACUUCCUUUCUUUGAAAUCUUUGUGGAUGCUCCCCUGAAUAUCUGUGAGAGCAGGGAUGUGAAAGGCCUUUAUAAAAAAGCACGAGCUGGAGAAAUAAAAGGAUUCACUGGAAUUGACUCAGAUUAUGAGAAACCAGAAGCGCCUGAGAUUGUGCUGAAAACCAACGUAUAUUCUGUCACUGAAUGCAUCCAGCAGAUUGUGGACCUCUUGCAAGACCAGAACAUUGUUCCGCCAACUGCGAUCAAAGAUGUUCUUGAACUGUUUGUCCCUGAAAAUAAAGUUGAACAAGCUCGGGCUGAAGCCAAUACACUGCCUUCUGUGAAGAUUACCAAGUUGGAUCUACAGUGGGUUCAAGUCCUAAGUGAAGGUUGGGCCAGCCCAUUGAAAGGGUUUAUGCGGGAGAAAGAAUACUUGCAAGUUAUCCAUUUUGGCACCUUGCUUGAUGGAAGGGGUAGAGUUGAUAUAUCCGAGCUUGAUGGCGUUAUUAACCUGACCAUUCCAAUUGUACUACCAAUAACUGCGGAAGACAAGAAACGCCUGGAAGGAUGCAAUGCGUUUACACUGGAGUACAAUGGGCGGAGGGUGGCCAUACUGCAAAAUCCAGAAUUUUUUGAGCACAGGAAAGAAGAACGUUGCGCACGUGUUUGGGGAACCACAUGUGCAAAGCACCCGCAUGUAAAGAUGGUGAUGGAAAGUGGAGACUGGUUGGCUGGUGGAGACCUCCUUGUAUUAGAGAGAAUUAAGUGGAAUGAUGGGCUGGACCAAUACCGCUUGACUCCCUUGGAGCUGAGACAGAAGUUCGCAGAAAUGAAUGCUGAUGCGGUGUUUGCUUUCCAGCUGCGCAACCCUGUGCACAACGGACAUGCCCUGCUGAUGCAGGAUACCAAACGGCGCCUCCUUGAGAGGGGCUAUAAGCAUCCUGUGCUGCUCUUGCACCCUCUCGGGGGAUGGACCAAGGAUGAUGAUGUGCCCCUCGAGUGGCGCAUGAAGCAGCAUGCUGCAGUGCUGGAGGAGCACGUGCUGGAUCCAAAGUCCACCAUUGUGGCCAUUUUCCCUUCUCCAAUGUUGUAUGCUGGACCAACAGAGGUCCAGUGGCACUGUCGGGCUCGGAUGAUUGCUGGAGCCAAUUUCUACAUUGUGGGCCGAGAUCCAGCUGGUAUGCCUCACCCAGAGACCAAGAAAGAUCUGUACGAACCCACACAAGGUGGGAAGGUGCUUAGCAUGGCUCCAGGACUGAACUCUGUGGAAAUCAUUCCCUUCCGAGUAGCAGCAUACAGCAUAGUACAAAAGGCGAUGGUCUUCUAUGAUCCAGACAGGCACAAUGAAUUUGACUUCAUUUCUGGCACACGCAUGAGGAAGCUGGCUCGUGAAGGCGAAAACCCCCCUGAAGGAUUCAUGGCGCCAAAAGCUUGGAAAGUGCUAACUGAGUACUACAUGUCACUGGGGAAAAAUAAUUAAUUUUGCUUUUAUCCAAGUGCGUCUUGGUUUUUAAAGAUGGGCUCUUUCAAUUGAUUUAUAUGCUGUUCUACAUCUUCUACUUUGAAAUUUUCUGCUGUUUGUGGGCAUUUUCUUCCCAGCUUUCCCCCCUCUGAAGUUAUUAGGACAUUUCCUCUUAAUUUCAAAGGAAAGCCAUAGAAGAGAUUUUAUUGUACAUAUAUAUAUAUAUAUAUAUAAAUAAAGAGAAAGAUUAUGGGAGUCCAAAGCCAUAUAUUGAUUUAUCACAGCCUUUCGAAAGAGGUUGUCUGAACUGUGCAGAAUUAUGCAGCUGAAAAAAAUUGGAGUUAUUUAUCUGUUCUUCUUUGUUGCUUUUAAUUCAUUCCCAGCUUGCUCAAUGCAAUUAAGUAGGACUUUUGCUCCUCCUCCUCCUGAGCAGCACUAAAUGAGAAGUUUACCUUCUGCCUAACUUUGGCAUGGCCUUUCAUAUCCCUUUUAGCGGGUUGAUGCGACAUUGUUUUUUAAAUUAUGGUGAUUAUUAAUAAACACCAGCAUCCUGAUUCAUCUGCAGAAACCCUCAUAAGUCCACAUCAGAUUUCUCCCAUCUCAAAUCAAUUUUCAAACUGUUGCAAGCAAUUUGGAGAGUCCUGGGAAGUUGAUUUAACACUUAGCAGGGGCUGCAGGGCCAGCUCAGAGCACUUUGUUGUUUGAGGCAGAACAGCAAACAGUGCCCUGCCUUCCAGUUCAAAGUGCAUAGUAUCCAAAGCCAGUCUAGUUAUUUUGGCACCUGAGGCAGAAAAUUCGCUGUACAGCUCAGUUGGUUAGAGCAUGAUACUGAUAAAUCCAACGUCGCAGGUUUGAUCAUUGUUCUACUUUUGAACUCCUAGAUUUUUACACAUUGGACGGUAAACAUUGCAGGUGCCGUGAGGGAACUAGGGUGUUGUGGUCUGAAGUUGAUACCAUGAAUCCAUUGCUGAGGUUUGUCUGCCACAUUCAAUAUGUGAAGCUCUUUGGAACAGCCUGGAACUUUUAUUGAAUCCAAGCUUUUUAAGUGAAUCCCUAGCCUUCAUGAAUGCAGACUGGAUGUUGUAUUGGCAAAGAUGGUUCCAUAAUGCAGAACAGAUCAGCCAUCCCUGGGGCUGUAUGGGAAUUCCAGCUGCUAGUCAUAUUCUCACAAUUUAGCAAUAGUUGUACUAAACCUCAUUGAGGUUUCUGGUUAAUCUAAGGUUCUUCCGAAAUGUGAUCUAGGCAUUCGAGUGCAAACACGAUUUGUUAUACAAAUAUUAAUAAGCUUACAAAAGCAGUGGUUGUUUGUGCCAGUGCUUCAGUCGAUUGUGACUGCAUAUUAAAUUUAUUAUGAGACUUUAGCAUAGAGGGGGGGAGAAAGCAGGAUAUAUUCCUUCUCUUCAAUCUUAACUGCUGUAGUUAAAAUAAAAAAGGCACUUGAAGCCCAACACUGAGUUAGGCACAAGAGCUAGCACACUGGUAUCAGUCCACCUUAUUCUUUCAGAAUAGUAACUAAAUAGUUCCCUAGUCUGCUAAAAAUGCCUUUUUUAACAGUGCAUUCCUAUGCAUGCUAACUCAGAAGUCUCAUUAAGUUUAAUGCCGCUUACUCUCGGGUGAGUAUAGGAUUGCUGCCUUAAUUUCUUCCACAUGUGAACAUUGUUCAUAUGGAAUACAAAGAGAAAUGUAUUUUGUAGCCCACGUAGGUUUUACAUUCAAUUUACAGAUUCUGGAACCGUAGCAUGUGUUUUGGUCAUGAAAAGCAUCCAUAGAUUUAGAAGAGGAACCAUAGAUUUAGCAGAGAGAGUCCCAUCUAUUUGUCUUGGAGAAGAGGACAGCUUAUCUGCAGAAUUCACAAAAUGCUGGUGGUAGUAGUAGUUGGAUUUAAGAUAACACAAACCCAUUGAAGUCAAUUUCACCAAAUCCACCUGAUCUGAAUGUUAUUCAGUCGUACAAGGGACAGAGCACAGAAACAGGCAGUACUUGUGUAUGUAAAGUUGCUGUAAAAGUUAAGAAUAUAACAGGUUAAUGACAAUACAUGGGGACCAAACCCUUCUCCCAUGUGAGCAGAUUGCAUAUGUGGGACUCCCUCCCUUCCUGCUCUUCUUCUGAUAAGUUUUCCUCCCAACAUGUUGAGAGCUGAGCUGGCCCAACAGAGGCCCUAGGCCAGGGAAUGGACCGGAUUGCGCCCAAACUUUGGCCAAGUGUUUAAGUCAAUACAAAUUGCAAACUUAAAAAAAGGAUCUGCCUCUCCAUCUGUCUUAUCUAGGAAUGAAAUAAUAAGGUUUCUAAAGAUUGUGAAAUGAUGUUCUUAUUUCCUGUAGCAAUCAUGCAACAAACGCAUCUUUACCGUCUCAAAAUCGUAUUUGAGAAUGCCUUUUAACGGUUCCAGCUUUUAAAGUUUUGGAAUCCUCAUGACAAAAACCCUAAAAGUAUAGUAGGGCUGCAUCCAAAAGUUGUUCUGUUGGCGCAAGGACUUUUGCUUGUGCACUGGAAUUCCUCCUCCCCCUGUGCAUCCCAGAUCUGUUCUGGUGGUUCCUCCAAAACUCCAGAACAGAUUUGUGGUUGGGGGUGCGGCAGCAUUCAGGAAGAGGAAGGGGAAGUUCCGUUGUGCAAGCAGAAGUCCUUGGGCUGAUGGGAUGACUUGGUCAGAUACAGCCCAUGUGUUCUUACAACUUGUGUGAAACAAAUGCAGCCACUGGGCAGAGAGAAUCAGCUGUUUUUGCUGUACAACAGGCUGCAUGGGAUCUGCAGCAAACUGCAAUGAAUUAACUAGAGAUUGAAAAUCAGCUAAUGUAUAUUAACAAGAGUGCCUUUUGUAUCCAAGCCCUCUGGAAGGGACCUUGAAGAUAGAAACGAUCUUGCCAUUUUAUAAUUUAAUUGAUAUUUUAAAUAGUGUUUAUAUAUUUCUUUUCUUUUUAACCUUAUACUACUAUAUCCAUUGCCAUCAGUUCAAAUAUAUAUGGGGUACUACUCCUUUUAAAUAGUUAAAAGAAGAAUAUUCUGUAAUAUUUUAUAGCAUAUUUAUUACAGACACGAGACUGGAAUGUAUGCCUUAACUGAUAUAUAUAUAUCUUGAUUAAAAUGUCUUCUGAAUUUCGUAUUCUACUACUAGAAUUUGCUUUUAAUAUCAAUAAAUAUUUCUAUGUUUAA